AUGCCUUCAAGGAAAAGGAGUAAUAGUGAUGCCAGAGACAGUGGAGGACCAUUUGCUCCUAAACAACAAAAGUUGGAUGCUGUGCUUUCCUCUCAAGUUAAAUAUAAUGCCAAUUUGGUUACUCAAGCCCAAGUGGAUGAUUUGCUGAUCAAGUUCAUGACAGAAGCUCUUAUGCCGUUCUCAUUGGUUGAACAACCUGCAUUUAAAGAAUUUGUGUUAGGACUUCAACCAAAUCGAUCAGUAAUGUGCAGAGCUACAGUGGUAUGGCGAAUCAGUGACAAAGCCAGUCUAGUGAAGAAAAAUUUAAAAGAAGCCAUGGAUAAAGUUGAACAUGUUGCAACAACUACGUAUUGCUGGAGUGCUCAUGGCCGUUCAUUCAUUGGUGUAACUGGACAUUGGAUUGAUCCCGAGACUUUGGAGAGAAAAAGUUGUGUUCUUGCCUGUCGGCGUCUCAAAGGUAAACACAUAUAUGAUGUACUUGCUAGCCAGUUGGAAGACAUUCAUACCGAAUUUGAAAUAAAAUCCAAAGUUUCUAAAACCACAACAGACAAUGGAUCAAACUUCGUAAAAGCCUUCUCUGUUUUUGCUGAACAAGAACAAGACAAUCAUGAUAAUCCAGAUAAAGAUGAAGAGUGUCAGUUUGAAGAUGUUUUUGAUGAUUUAACACAGGCGAGUGCAGGUCUGGAGUACCAGCUUCCACCACAUCAACGUUGCGCAGCACAUACUCUUAAUCUUAUUUCAACAUCUGAUGCAGAGAAAGCCGAGGCUGAUGGAAACUACAAACGACUUAGCAGGAGUACCUUUGCAAAGUGUUCCAGCCUCUGGAAUAAGAGCUCCCGCUCUGUUCAAGUUGCAGAAAUGGUUAAAGAAAAGUGUGGCUUAAGUUUGAUUAAACCAAAUGCAACUUGAUGGAAUUCCAUUUUUAUGGCUGUCCAACGCAUCAAUCGAAUCAUCAAGGAAAAAGGAGAAAAUGUCAUUCAUAGUGUCUGCUCCCUGGCAGAUGUUCCUAAGUACAGUAUACUUUAUAAUUGUAACUUUGUGCAUGGGAUGGUUGACUGAAAUUAUGAUUUACGAACAUAUACACUAAACACUCAGCAUAUGACAUAGUAUAAUUUAGUGAGCUAGCUAAGUGUAUUUGUUUCUGUUUAGAUUUAAACCUGCAGAAAUUUCAUUCCUUAAUCAUUAUGCUCAAGUGAUGAAACCAGUGGCUCAAGCACUUAACAUUUUACAGGGAGAAACAAACCACUCGAAUGCAUACAUGGGUUAUCUAGCACCAACGAUAACUAUACUGAGAGAUAAGCUUUCAAAGAAGUUGGAUGUUCCAGUUACGAAACCAUUGGUCCAAGAAUUAUUAAAUGGAAUUGAUAAGCGAUUUGAUUCAAUACUAAAUGACAAAAAGAUCAUUGCUGCUGCAAUUCUUCACCCCAAAUUUAAAGAAAGCUGGUCUACUGAUUGUGAUGUUAUUGAAAGAGGUAACAAAUACAAUACAACUUGAAUAUGAAGUGAAUUAGUAAGGAUUCCCAUUAUAGACAGCAUGGAUUUAUUUAAACUUGUGGGAUUUGUUUAUAAAUUUUAGGCAUUUCCUUCAUAAAUGAGAAAUUAGAGGGUUUGGUAGAACCAGUAGUUGAUGAACCUGGACAGUCCUCUUCAGAGGAUCAAGAUGAGACAGAUUUCUUCCAAGCUAAGAACAGGAGAUCAAGUGAUUGUACUUUAAAGUCAUUUCUUGAGAGUCCUGUUGAAAAACUUUGUGAUUAUGCAAGAUGGCCCUUGCUUCGCAAACUCUUUAUUGAGCUCAACACACCAUUGUCAGCCAGUGCUGCUUGUGAAAGACUUUUUAGUGCUGGUGGAUUGAUCUUCAGGCCACAUCGCUCAAGCAUGACGGAUACAAAUUUUGAAAAUUGCAUCCUGGUGAAAUGUAAUAAAGACUUUCUUUGA